AUUUUCAUAAAUGUUUUUCAUAAAUGAAGGAAAAAAAACGAAUGAGAGGAAUAAUAAGGAAGGAAGGCUCAUAUAAUAGUCCCAUCAAUCUCAUCUCUUUUCCAUUUCUCUCCAACUUCCUCUUUUAUCUCUCUCUCUCUCUCUCUUCUUUUUUUCGCCGUUUCUGUAUCUGACUUUUAUCAGUGUCCAUUUUCGAUGAAGAAACCGACGGCAGUUACACGAGACGAGUGGAUGACGGCGGCGAUGACUGACUCAGCGGUGGUGGUGGAGCUUCUUCUACGCCUCAAGCACGCCGGAACGGUGGCGUCCGCGAGUACACCUCUGUUACGGUGGGGUUCUCGCAAACCAAGGUCGAGACUAGGCGUCGGCGUCGGCGUCGGAGGCUUUUUGAAGAAGGAGACGGAAUCGGCUAGAGGCAGUCCUAUGACUCCUCUAUGCUGGAGCGGCGGAUCUGGUAGCGGCGGCUCUUCUUGUCCCUCCGCCGCAACUACCGCCGAUGGAUUUGAAGACACUAGUCGUCAGUCUACCUGCUCUACAUCUACCGGAUACAGAUCUAAGGCGGUACACGUAACAAAUGAAAUCACCAGCCACAAGAGAUCAAAGAAACAAAAGAUUUUCUUAGACCUUAAAGAUUCAGAGCACUUGCAGUUGAAGGAAAGACUUGACCUUCAAAAGAAUAUUGCUAAUGUGCAAGCAACAUACGAGAAACGAAGUGCCAAGAACCAAAGCUUGAAGAGAAUGAAGCUUGAAUACUCGGAUCGAAUCAAGAAUAUUCCAAUUAACGGAUCUAGUCUCGACGAGUCCCGGAAAAAGAGGCGCUUGCCUUUCUCCAGCUCUCGAAAACUGGUGAAAGACGAACAUUCCUACAGAACAACAAGUGAAACUAAGAGAUCUGAAGACAAGGGUUUGUUCUUCCUCCCUGAUCUGAACAUGACCCCAAUCGAGGAAGAAGAGACGUUUCUCGGGACGAGCUAAGGAAAGAAAGCUUCAAACCACAAUCCCGUCAGGUAAUUACUAGAGAUCAGUGGUGUAGCUUCUUUUCGUGGUAAGAGGAGAAAGCGAUGAGUUCGCCGACAAGAAUUCACACUACUCAACAAGGAUUCCAGAAGAUUUAUAUGAGAAGAGAAAAGGGGAUUAAAUAAUGUAAUAAGAGGAUUACCAAAUAUUAUUCUCGAUUUUUUCUUCUCUUAUGAAAAGAAUUCUUGGGUAAACGAUAUUUUGCCU